ACUGGUAGAGCGAACCAAGAAGCUCCCCUCUCUCUCUCUCGUUCCUUCUCUCUCUCUAUCUCACUCUCUCUAUAAUCCAACUCCCCAAUUCGGUUAUUUUCCAGAAAACAAACACCAAAAUUCUCUGCAAAUUUUCUCUGAAAUUGGGAGAGAUGAAGAUUAUGGAGGAAGUUGUGGAGGAAAACGAAGUGAAGCCUUUGACUGCCGAGGAAUUGGAGCAGUACGAGUCCGUCUCCGAGUCCUCCGACUCUGACUCCGACGACGCCCUCGAAGACGAGGAAGAGGACGGCGACGAAGAUGAGGAUGACGACGACGACGACGACGGGGAUGACGACGACGAUGAGGAGGAUGAAGAGGACGACGACGACGACGUCCAGGAGGUCGUUCAGUCCUCUGGUGGCCCUCCGGUUCAGUCAAUUGACGACGACGACGACGAGGAUGAAGAAGACGAGGAAGACGCUGAAGGCGGCGGCGACGACGACGACGGUGAGGGGGAUGACGACGACGAUGACGACGACGGCGAGGGCGAGGAUGAGGAUGACAUUGGGACUGAAUACCUUGUUAGGCCAGUAGCCCGCCCUGAGGAUGAGGAAGAUGCAAGUGAUUUUGAACCUGAAGAGAAUGGAGAGGAUGAAGAUGUUGAAGAUGAAGAGGAUGACGAUGACACUGGUGGGAAGGUUGAGGCUCCGCCAAAGAGAAAGAGAUCAGACAAGGACGAUUCAGACGAUGACGACGACGAUGAUGGUGGUGAGGAUGAUGUGAGACCCUCCAAGCGAUAGGGCUGGGUCCCAAUCUUGUUCUUGGUUUGAGGACUGACUGACCGUUAACAACUAGGUCAAUCUCUCUCUCACUCUCACUCUAUCAUCUCUAUCUAUCUCUUAAAAACUCAUGAUCUGAUCGUCUUGUUUGUAGAAAGAAGGAUUAGGAUGUGUUUCCUAAAUUCUGUGCUGGUUCUUGUUGCUGUAUUAUCCAAAUCAUGGUGCAGUAUAGUUUUUAGGUUUAUAUUCAGCAUCUGUUAAUGCUCUAGUGUUAUGUUAAUGUGGAUGAUUCGAAAGAGUCUGGUGGUUUAGGAUUUAUGUAAGAGUUUUAAAGAACUUGGAUGAACUUUGUAGCUUUUGUUACUCUUAUCUUCAUCAUCUAUUAGGUUGAUUGCAGCUUUCUGUGGUAGGGCCUUUUUGCUCAUCAUUUUUUGGUUGGUAGUUCUCAUCUCAUUAUGAAUGCAGCAUAAUGAAUCCU